AUGGAUUUAAAAGAUAAUAUAAAUACGGGCAUAUUAGCUGAUACUAGCAACGAAAGACAGGAAAUUGUAAUAGAAAACGACACAAAUAAUGAAAAGCGAAACAAUGUAGAUGAAAAUAAAGAGCAAAAAAAUGAAGACAAUGAAAAGCAAAACAAUAUAGAAGAAAAUAAAGAGCAAAAAAAUGAAGACAAUGAAAAGCGAAAUAAUAUAGAAGAAAAUAAAGAACAAAAAAAUGAAGACAAUGAAAAAAAUACAAUAGAAGAGAAAACCCCUGAUGCAACAAUAAAUACAAAUUCUGUUCAAGUUACUAAUGAUGUUGAAAAUAUCCAUUUAAAUUCUACGGAUAAAAAUAGCUCAAAUAUCAAAGAUUCUGCAAAUUUACCCCCAAUUGAAAACACACAGGAAAUUUCGAAUAGUAGUAAACGUGAGGAUAAUUUAAAUAAAGAAAAUAAAUCUAUACCGCUUGAAAUAGAAAAAGAGAAAAAUAAUCUUCAAAAUUAUGAAAAUGGCAGCAUGAUAAAUCCCUCUUUAAGUAUAACAAGUAAAAUUAACCCUGAAAAAAAAAAAAAUUCAUAUGGAAAUAAUGGCCCAUUAUACAUUGAAGUGAAAGGGCUUUUAGAGGUUCUUAAUGCGCAAGAUUUUGCAAAUAAUAUAAAAAGCAACACCUUUGGAGAAAAAGGGAAAACUCCAUUUCUUAGUAAGCGCUCGACCAGUGUUCCAAAUAAAAUUGUCCCAAAAGGUUUUCCUUUAAAUAAAGUGAUUCCUAAAAUUAUUCAUAAAGACAUAAAUAAACAAAAUAUUAAAAGUAAAGCAUAUACUCCAAAAAAUGUAGAAAUAACCAAAAGCAAAAGUAUACCUAAAGUACCUUUGUUAACGAAAUCAUAUUUAAAUCCAUCGAAUGUAUUGAACAAAAAUGAGGUGAAUAACAAAGUGCCAGAUUCUAACAAAUCGAAAGGAGUUUUUAGAAAUAUGCCAAAAAAAAGUAAGCCAUCAAUUGAAUCAAAAAUAAAACCAAAAGAAAUGCUUAAAACAAAUUUUAUUCCUUUGAAGGGAGUUAAUGAAAAUGGAAAUACAGAAAACCCCCAAACCGAAAAAGGAGUUUUCAAAUUUGCUCAUAAAAUGUUACCUACAUUAAUUAAAGAAAAACAUGUUAAAUCUAAAGCGCCUCCCAAAAAUGAUAUAAAAAGUACAAUAGAAAAUUUAAAAAGAAAUUCAGAAAUAAAAAAUGGAAAACAAAGUUUAAAUUUGAAAAAAAAUAUUAAUGAUGUACGAAAAGCCCCAUUAAUCACUAAAAAAAAAAUUCCACAAAAACCUAAUGUUAUACAUAAAAAUAUACCUUUAAAGGCUGAACUUGUUAAAAAAUCCAGAACAUUGGUAGACAUUAAAAAAAAUGUUGUAAAAAAACCAAUUUCAAAAUUGAUAAGCGAAAUUAAACCGAAAGAAAAACCACAGAAAAAGAAAAUACUACUUAAGAGUGUAUCAGAUAAUAAAGAGCCAGUUCUUGACACUUCAGUAGAAAAUAACGAUCUCAAAUUAAAGGAUGAUACAACUAUAGAUAAAGCAGAAACGGAAGGAGACAAGGAGAAAAAGGAAAUAAAUAUAACUGACAACAAAGAAACUACAGAAAAUGAUGCAAAGGUAGAAGAAAUUGCGAAUGAUUCUGUCGAUACAAAAGAGGAAAAAAUCAGUGAAACAACAGGUGAUAUCCCUAUCAUAAAAGAAGAAAAUUUAGAUGAAACAUUGGAUGAUAAUGAAUAUAUGAAAGCAGAAAAAAUUGACGAAACUUUGGAUGACAACUUAGGAAUAAAAAUCGAAAAAUUUGAAGAAAUUUCGGGUAAUGUUUCAGAUAUAAAAGUAGAAAAAGCUGAUGAUAUUAUGAAAGAUUCUAAAGAUGUGGAAAAGGUAGAAACGGUAGAGAAUGAAAAUAUAUCUAACAUGGAAAAAGAAAAAGAAGAAGAAAAAAAGGAUGUUGAAGAAGCCCCAAAAAUGGAUAAUAAAAAGAAAGAAUCUGUAGGCAACCUUAAAGAAAUAAAAAUCAAAAAAAAAACAGAUUUAAAAAAAGGUCUUGACCAAAAAAUGACUAAAAAGACUCCAAAAAAAAGUGAUCAAAUAUUAUCGAAAAAUGAAAAUGCUAUGUCUUCACUGAGCUUAAAACAAAAAGCAACACCGCUUAGCUUAAAACAAAAAACAACACCAUUUAGCGUAAAACAAAAAACAACACCACUUAGCGUAAAACCCAAAGCAGCACCGUUUAGCAUAAAACAAAGUAUGAAAUCAGAAUUAAUUUUAAAAGGAAAAAGUAGUAUGAAAAGUUCACCAAACGUUUUGAAAUUAAAAGCAGAUAUUACUGGAAAUUUAAAAGACAAAAAAGAUUUAAAACCUGAAAAAGUUAAUGAUUUAAACAAAAAUAAUGUUAGUAAUAAAACAGUUCCUACCCCACUAAGAAAAAGUGUAGUACCUAUGAAAAAGGCCAUUGGGGUAAAAAAAAUGUCAUUAAGCAAAAACUUUAUUAAAGGUUUCGAUUUGGAAAAAAGAGUAUUAAAAAAAAUUAGCAGAUCAAAUAGUGAUAAGAAUACGAAAAAGAAAUCACAAGAUGAUAUCCUUUACAAUAAGACUAAUUCUAAAGGUGUUUCAUCUACAUCUUUAAAAAAUGCGAUGUCUGAUAUAAAAAAAAAAGAAUUAGCUAAAUCAAAAUCAGAUAAUAUUAAUGAAAUAACAUUAAAUAAGAGUAAGACAACAUUAUCUUCGAAAUCUGAGAGCAAUGCUCAUAAUACAUUAGAAAAAGAGGAUAGUAUUAUGAAAAAAUUGGAUUCUAAAGAAAGCAAAUUACUUAAUAAAAAAAAAUCAAUGAGUUCAAAAAGUUUGAAAUUAAACGGAAAAUCAAGCAUGCCCUCUUAUGUAAGUAAAAAUAAUUUGAUUAAUAACAAUGACAACAAAAAUAAAAGUCCAGCUUUAGAAAAAAAUGAAGCAUCAUCAUCUAAGGGUAUUUUGGAAUUAGAAAAAAGCAAGCCUUUAAAAAAAUCUAAAUCAUUAAAAAAGCAAAAAUCGAAGGUAAAUAAAAAAAUUAAUAUGAGUGAAGAUAUGUCAAAUGAGGAGGAGAAAGUUAUGACGAAAGGUCCAAAAUUAACUAACUCAAAAAAGAUGAAAACAGUGCCAUCACAAAUAAAAUUGGAUAAAAAAAUUAAAAAAAUAAAAUCAGACACAGCACAAAAGGGAGGAAUUAAUAAUGUAAUUAAAAUGAAAGAGAAAAAGAGUUCAAAAAAAAAUAAAACAAAUGAUACUGGAAUGAAUGCUUUUUCAGGAGGAGUUAAUGGAAUGUUAAAUAAAGAAUUAGAAAAAAUAAAGCCUUUAAAAGAUAAAUGGAAAAAUAAUUAUGUAACUCCAAGAAUUGGACGAGAUGAUAUGGGAGAUAGUUUUAAUAUAAAAUCACAAAUGAUCAAUUCAGAUUAUGAUGCUCGUUUGUUAUCUCAAUCUACACCAUCCAAAAAAUCACCAAAAAAUAAGACUAUUGAUAAAAUAAGCAAAAUUAAUAGAAAUAUAAAUAAUGAAAAUAACUCAUAUAAUCAAUCACAAAAUUUAAUAAAUAUGAAAAAAGCAGAAGAUAAUAGUUUAACAAGAAUAGGCGUACCAACGGCAUUAUCUUCAUCCAUGAAUCAAAAUUACAUACCUUUAGAGAAUGAAAAGAAAUAUCAAAGUAUAGGAAAUAUUGAUUUUUUGAACUUAAGAAAAUCACCAUCAUUAAGUAUGAGUAAAAUGGGAUCUAAUAACACAUUAAGAAAUUUAUCUUUUCGUGUAAAACUAGAAGAACCUAAAGAAAUUAAAGUAAAAGGUACUCCUGAUUUGCAUUUAAAUAAAUUAUAUUCUACAAAUUCGAUAGCAGAGAACCAAGAUGAAAACAAAAAAUGUAAUUAUAAUUGUAUGUUUGAUAGAUGUUAUUCUAAAAAUGCUAAUACCAAUUCAUGUGAACGAAAGGAACCUGCGAUUCAAAACUUUAGUUCAUUAUUCAAUGUAAACAAUAAAUAUAUACAAUAUAAUACGAACCCUGGAGUUAGAGUUAUGCCACAUAAUAAUAUGAUGAAAAUGUCUAGUAUAUAUGAAUCUGAAUUAUUUCCAAGCAAAUUUAGCAACGAAAUUAAUGGGCAAAUAGGUGGGCAAGUUAGUAGACGAUUUAGUACACAAGUGGGGGCACCAACAAGCAGACAAUUCAGUAACCAACUAAGUAGCCAAUUCAGUAAGCAAUCAAUUGGACAGAUGAGCAGAUAUACGAGUGGUCAAAUACCAGAAAAGAGAGAAAAUUUAAAUCAGUUUCCUUUGAAUGGGCAAAUUGAUUCAAGAUCAUAUCUUAGCAAAUCAUUUUCAACCAAUGGUUCUCCUAAGAUCCACAAAACGACAGCAUGUGGCACAACAGUGACUUAUUGCAAUUGCAUUUGA